AGGACCAUGUGGCGCUGCAUGCACCACGAGCUCCUCUGCGCCAUGGCCACCAAAUCCCUUCUAGUUCUGACUCGGUCCUAAGAACGCUUGGGAUCUCAAGUUCUCCAUGCACUAACCUAAUCCCCAACCCCUCCCGACCAAAAGGAGAACCACUUCCGACCCAAGUACAAACCUCCUGCUUCGCAGAGGUAGUGAGAGCUCGCGCGACAUGGAGUCCCAUCCUCCUCCCCUUGUCCGCCGUAAGUGGCUGCUCUGCACCCUGGCCUGCUUCCUUGGCUACCUGCUGCUCUCCUAUAGCCUUGAGAAAGCGUUCCGCCCGAGCACAACGAUCGUGUCUUUCCCUGGGUUCCAUGGCCCUGCUAAGCUUACUCUCAGCGGGGAUGCGGAAGCGCCAUCAGGGAAUUAUGUGGACGUGUCGCCUCCUUCCGAAGCUGUCAUGUCCCCGCGGCCAACUACUGAAGCGGAGAUGGUGUCUCCACAGUCCAGUGCGGCGGUCGUAGAGAAUUAUGUGGACGUGUCGCCUCCUUCUGAAGCUGCCAUGUCCCCGCCGCCAACUGCUGAAGCGGAGCUGGUGUCUCCACAGCCCAGUGCGGUCGUAGAGAUGGCUACUUCAGCAGAGUCUCCGAGCAUACCGCUGCUACCACAGCAACCCACUUCGCAGGUGAUCGACGAAGAGAUCCUUACGGCGAAAGCAGCUGGUGCCGCGAGGAAUCCGGAAGCUGACGGCGGCGAGGUGGGUAAGGUGGUGGAGAAGAAGUGCGACAUUUUCGACGGGCGGUGGGUCUACGACCGGCAGCGGUACCCUAUGUACCGUUCCCACUGGUGCCCUUUUCUCAGCGACCAAGUGAGCUGCCAGCGGAACGGCAGGCCGGACUCCGACUACGAGCACUGGCGGUGGCAGCCUAAUGGCUGCGACCUUCCAUGGUUUAAUGGGAAGGACAUGCUGGAGAGGUGGCGAGGGAAGCGAGUGGUGAUCGUCGGCGACUCCCUGAACAGGAACAUGUGGGAGUCGCUGGCCUGCAUCCUCUACUCGUCGGUGCGGCGGAACCGCGCCUACGUCAAGUGGCACGGCUCAGAAUACAAGGUCUUCCGAGCCCUGGACUAUGAUUGCUCGGUGGAGUUCUUCUGGAGCCCGUUCCUGGUUGAGCUGAAGGAGAGGGAAGACCACGCCAAGAUCCUCAGGGUAGAUAAGCUCCCGGAAAGCGCUAACCGAUGGCUGGGCGCCGACGUCAUGGUGUUCAACACUGGCCACUGGUGGACGCACCGCGGCAAGAUGAGGGCGUGGAACUACUUCGAGCGCCGGGAGCAGUUGACGGAGGCGAUGGAGGCCAACGAGGCGUUCAACAGGGGGCUCAGGACGUGGGCCCGCUGGGUUGACGGCAGUGUUGACACCGCUAAGACCACCGUCUUCUUCAGGAGCGUCUCACCCGAGCACAAGCGGGAAAACCUACACUGGUGCUACAACGAGACCCAUCCCAUCACCCACCAGAGGUACGUGCAGUUGUUUCCGAGAUCCAUGGUGGAGUUGGUGGAGAGAACCAUCAGGAAGAUGAGGACGCCGGUGACGUAUCUAAACAUCACGCGGCUGUCGGAAUACCGGAGAGAUGCGCACACAGCCGUCUACACUUCGAAGCAAGGGAAGCUGCUGACGGCGGGGCAGAGGCAGGAACCGGCAAGAUAUGCCGACUGCAGCCACUGGUGUCUUCCAGGAUUACCUGAUACUUGGAACGUGCUGCUGUUUGCUUCCUUCAUCGGAACGCCCACCAUCCCUUCAUGAAUCUUCUCAUUGUACGUACGUUAAUGUUCCUCUAAGACUGCAACCCAUUCUUUUCUGAGGGUUAUAAAUCGGACAAAAGUUCAUGGAAACAUUCGAGUAGAGACCUAAC